AUGGAAAGGGAAAAUAUCAGCUUUCCAAACACUUUUGUCCUGCUUGGCUUCUCAGCAUUUCUGUGGCUGGAGAGGCCCCUCUCAGCAGUGAUACUGGUCUCCUACCUCCUCACACUGGUGGGGAACAGUUCCAUCAUCCUCCCCUUCCUGGUGGACCCCAGACUCCAGAUGCCCAUGUACUUCUUCCUGAACAACCUCUCUAUGAUAGACCUCGGUGCCACCUGUACCACUGUGCCCCAGCUACCAGUCAAUCUCUUGGGAACAGGCAAGACAAUUGUUGCCUGGGGCUGCAUUACACAAUCCUAUCUCUUUCACUGGACUGCUUGCACUGAAUGUGUCCUGCUGGCUGUGAUAGCCAUUGAUUGGUACGUGGCCAUCUGCUUGCUGCAACAGUACACUCCCAUGAUGCAUCCCUGGAUGUGCAUGCAGAUGGCAGCUGCCUCCUGGUUCAGUGGCCUGGCCAAUUUUCUACUCCAAACCACACUCACCCUCCAGGUCCCCCUCUGUGGGCACCACACCCUGGACCACUUCUGCAGUGAGAUACCUGUGCUUAUCAAGCUGGCCUGUGGGGAUACCUCUACAUACCUCUGA